AUGGCUGUUCUUUUGAUCAAGAAAUCGAAGUUUAAGCAAGGUCUCCCGGGCGGUUUUGGAUGGAAUCAGGCAUCACAACGCAUCAAUGUCGAUCAAUCUUACAAUCUGGUCACAGACGAUAAGGAAUUCGCCGGACAAACACGGUCGUUUGAAGUCAACAAUGUCGACGAAAUCGAAGCGAUCAAAAAUCAGAUUCUUAGCAAACCUUUGAUAUCUGUAGCGAAAUGUAGCAAACAGUAUAAGGAGUAUCGUGGGGGAAGGGAUUCGGAAGGCAAUCGUCAAGUGGAAUAUCAUACUAUGACCGAUGACUUUGUGGUCGUUUUAAAUACAUCACACCCCGAGGUUCGACGUGUCCUGGACGAGACAUUCGAAAAAGCGAAACAAUUAAUGCAGAGAAUGCCAAAUUUGUGGUGGUGUUCGACCUCGAUGAUUCGACCAAAACCUGGUACGGCCAAGUGCCGCAUGCGAACAGUGACGGCAAAACGGCCCAAUCGGUUGGUGCGAGCUUCUACAUAG